AUGUCGGCCCGUGGAGGUCGCGCAAACUCAGCACCAUGGAGUCGAUUGAAACCCGCAAAUUUGGAUCCUCUGGAGGCCCUGGGACUGCCUUCGAAAGGAGACAAUAGGCUCCUCGACCACAAAGCGCAAGAGCGAUAUCAUGCAAAAAUCGUCGAGAGAUACAUGGCCUUCUGUACGGAUGCGGGUCGCGGUGAUGAGCUCCUUCGACGACUGGCGCGAAUGGACAUAUCCCAGGAGAAUGGAAGGAGCGAUAAGGCGCAACGACAGAUUCCGCAGAAUGCAACGAACAUUCGAACGGUCGUCGACGCAAACGUUGAUAUUUCGGGACAAAGGGAUCUUGCCACUCUAAUUAUGGCAAUGAGAAAGUUACGCGAGGGCAUUGUGGCCUCGAACAGGGUGGACGACUUUUCGAUUCAAGCAUAUAUAUUUUGUAUCAGACUAUCAAUUCUGGUGAAGCAAAUGGAAUCCUACCAUCCAGCAAUACUUCAUCUACUCAAGAAGAUGCAUACCACCCAGCCGCUUGCGAAGACUGAGCUCAACGAAUUUGUUGGAUAUCUAGUGUUAGACUUGGCUUGUCGACAAAACGACCUGGCUCAGGCUUACUCUGUCAGGCUGGAAUGGGGUUUACAAGACACGAAAGUGGAUGCGGUUCUACGUGCCCUUGCUCACGACAAUUACUUUCUUUUCUGGAAGGUCAAAAGGAGCGUGGACGGGUACAAGGCAAAGCUUAUGGAGUUUGCUGAGGAGGGAAUAAGAAGACAAACACUGAAGUGCCUUGGACGGGGCUAUCUCAGCAUCGACAAGCCAUCCCUGGAGAAGUACGUCAGCACCACCUGGACUUCACUGACAAAAUACUAUGGUGUCGGCUGGCAGCUGGAAGGUUCCAAGGUCAUCAUUCGGAAACCGAAAACGCGAUGA